UACACCUGGUGAUACUGGGCGUUUACCAACAGAUAUCUCCAACCAAAUUCUGUCGCGUCUUGUGCCCUGUCUUCCAUUGAUUGUCGUGAUACAAUAUUAUCCAUUUUCCCAGUUAGCUGCUGGUAGCCCGCUGGUCUUAACACAGCUUAUUGCUUAUUACUUAUUACUUUUCACGACUACGCAGCCUUCAUGCAUACAUACCACUGCCUGUUGAGACAAUGGGACCAAUUAGUAGCCACCUCACCAUUCUUAAGCUGGACUUUAUCACUGGGCUCAUGUCGCCAAGAACGGUAAAGUUUCCUAUCACCGCACUACAGAAGCUAACCAUCGUUGGGCUUACCAAAGAGUUUCACUGGUCGUGGUAUAGAGAUGAAACCCCUGACACGGCUAUAUUCGCCAGCUUAAUUUACCUAGUAUUGGUAUAUCGUGCUCACUCUCCCCGAAGAGCCACAUCUUUUGCCAGUCUUGGACUACACUUCUCCCGCCUGAGAGUGCUGAAUGUAUCGAAGGCCCUUUGCUAUCACACUGAUUUCUAUUCGGUGUUCGACCACGCACCUUUACAUACACUACAAGCGACUGAGUUUAGAAGACACAUGGGUUAUUUGAGCCCCAACCUUAUCAGGAAAGCUGGCAUGUUUAUAUCAUGCCUAUAUAUGGAGCCACUUAAUGUCAGGAUGACAGCAAUGAACCUGUACACUGACAUACUGGCCAUGUCGUCCAACAUCAGAACCGCAGCACUACAUUUUAUACCAUUGACGCCUAUAUCUACUGUAAACUGGUUUGUCCUUCAAACUUUUUUUCUCAGGGACUGUGGGAUUUCAUAUUCAAGCAUUGAAAAUAUUCUAAUGCAGCUUCCGAAGUUGCUGAGAUUUACUAUACUUCUCCUUCCUUUAUCUCAGUCUUCUCGAUAUGGAAUCACCACCAUGGAUAUGGACACAAGUGAUUAUUCUGUAUCAUUGAGCACGUCACUUCAAACAUUCUCACUCAAGUCGAGUCGAGGAUAUCUUAUCCCAACAUUUGUCUAAUGCAUUUGCUAGCUGAUCGUACGGACGCCAUCGCUGCUGGACCUCCGUAUUACCACACCGGUUACCGAAGGAAUCAGCCAGUUCAUUGCAUUCAAGAGAAGGGACAUUAAAACCACAAGCACGCAUGUAAUACGAACCCAUGGGUCAUGAUAAACUGAUAGCCAAU